AACAACAUUGCAUGGAGUAAAGAGCAACAACCAAGAAGAGGUCAGGAUGGUCCAGAAAAUACUUAAUAAGUUCGUCGGUGCCAAGUACAUUUCUAUUCUGAGAGCGUGGGUACCAAACUUGGCUGCCUGGGGAACAGUGGGUGGAGUGACGCUUGUUCACUUCACAGACUGGCGAUUAGUGCUAGACUAUGUGCCAUACAUUAAAGGGAAGUUCAGCAAGGAUGAGUAAAAUCUCACACAACUCUAAAAUGACCAGAGCUUGGGGAUGGGCACAUGGGUGGAUUGCUUACGCAACGCAAACUUAAAUGGGAUGCCCUGGCCAAACAAUCUUUCGUUGAGGGCUUGUUAGGAGUUUGGACAUCAAGAUGCACUAUGUAUAAAUGCUAUUUUUGAAACAGUAUUAUUUAAUGUGAAUAAAUCUUUAACUUGC